CUAGACCGUAGGACAUGAAGGCGCUAUAAAAGGACAGGACCUAGCCUACCCCGUACAGUCUCCAUUAGAAGAUCUUAGCCACAAACAACCUAACGAUGUUCAAACUGACGCUCAUUGUCGCCUUUAUUGCGGUUGCGCAAGCCGGCGUGAUCGCACCCGUGGUCCCUGUCGCUCACGUGGCCCCUGUGGUGGCCCACCCCGUGGCGGUGUCCCACACGAGCUCCGUGGUGCACCACGGGCACCCUAUCGUGCACGCAGCGCCGCUGGUGCACCCCGUCCCGGUCGUCCACGCCGCGCCCAUUGUACCAGUCGUCAGGCACCACGCGCCCAUCAUUGCUGUCCAUCAUUAAGUUUAAGGAGGAAGUACCCAGAUUACUUAGCUCAAAAUUAA